AUGGACCAAGGCACCACAGACAAAGCGUCACAAAGAUGCUUAGCAAAUGGAGGCCAAGCAUGGACAGACCCCAAGAUCUCAAAACAUGAGACUGGCUGGCGUUAUGUCGUUCGGAACUUUACUCCGGCAUGGUUCUCCGCAAAUAUGGGAACUGGGAUCGCGUCAAUCCUGCUCAACACACUGCCGUAUAAUGGGAGAUGGCUCUACUGGAUAUCAGUGGUUCUAUUUGCCUUUAACGUGCUGUUAUUUAUUGUCUUUCUGCUUAUAACGGCCCUUCGGUAUCUGAUGUACCCCGACAUAUUCCCAGUUAUGGUCACCCAUCCAGCACAAUCAAUGUUUCUGGGGACCUUCCCAAUGGGCCUUGCCACUAUCAUAAACAUGUUCUGCUUUGUCUGCGUGCCGGCAUGGGGAGUCUGGGCGAGCUACUUCGCCUGGGGGUUGUGGAUCACUGAUGCCGUUUUCUCUGUGCUAACGUGCUUUGUGUUACCUUUUAUCAUACUGACCCCGGUUAGGAUGACACGUAAAUCCGAUAUCGCGUUGUCCGCAAUGGGCGCAGCAUGGCUUCUCCCCGUUGUGUCAUGCGUUGUGUGCGCAGCCUCCGGCGCCAUUGUCGCGGACGUGUUACCAGACCCCCAAUAUGCACUCGGAACGAUCGUCGUCAGCUAUGUGCUGUGGGAAGUUGGGGUACCUCUUGCACUGAUGAUAAUAGUAAUUUUCCUCAUGCGACUGCUGCUACACAAGUUACCACCAAGGGAGGUACUAGUGAGCAUGUUCCUGCCUCUUGGACCUCUCGGACAAGGCAGCUAUGGAAUCCAAAAGCUAGGCCAAGUAUCCCAAAACAUCUUUCCAAAAACCGACAUCCUGCGACCAGGGACCGGUGACGUAUUCGAAAUGCUUGGCUUUUUCAUCGGACUCUUAUUAUGGGCAUUCGGACUACUCUGGCUUUUCUUCGCCGUUGCGUCUAUCAUUCGCACCCGGAAAUUUCCGUUCAAUCUAGGCUGGUGGGCGUUCACUUUUCCUCUCGGAGUCUAUGCCACCAGCACUUGCCAGCUGGGCCGAGAGAUGCCGUCGCGUUUCUUCCGGGUGCUUGGAACGGUAUGUUAA